AUGUUUUACACAACAUUGACUAUCUUGUGUUUCCUUUACAUGAAGUGCUUGUUGGAACAUUUUCUUUUUAUCCUGACGAUUGAAAAUAGACAUAGCAUUGAAGCUCCAGUUGAUGACAAUAUCGUUAGGUCUACUGUAAAUUAUUAUUUUAGGGAAAUACCACUACUGAUAUUAUUAUUUGUGAAUAUUUCAGUUCUGUUCAUCAUGUCAAAGAAACAGUAUUUCAACAUUGAAUGUCUGGAGUUAUCUGUGGAGGAAGAGCUUGCUGUUGAUGAGGCAAUGAUCCCAUACACAGGGAAGCUGUCAGUAAAACAGUAUGUGAAGGGAAAGCCUCCUCCGUGGGGUAUCAAAAUGUACAUGUUAUGUGGUAAGAGGGGACAAGCUUAUGAUUUUAUUCUUUAUCAGGGAGCAUCGACUGAAUUUGAGACAUCUUUGUUAAAGCUUUUCCAAGCGUUGAAACAAGAAAAAAUUUGUGCUGCUGGAACUGUCAGAGUUAAUCGUUUUGCAAAUCUUCCACUAAUUCCAGAUAAGGAGGCAAUGAAGAAGGAAAGAGGAUUUUCAGAAGAAAUUUUUAGAGCAGAUGACAUAAUACUGGUAAAAUGGGUUGACAACAAAACAGUUGUUCUAGGAUCUAAUUUCACUGGAAAAGGAGAAAUUGACAAAGUUGAACGCUGGGACAAAAAAGAAAGUAAAUAUGUUACUAUCGCUCGACCAGAGCUUGUAAAAUGCUACAACCAUGGCAUGGGCGGAGUUGAUCUUUUUGAUCAAUUGAUGCCAUACUACAGAAUUUUUAUAAAGUCAAAGAAAUGGACACUCAGAGCUAUUUUCCAUGCUGUAGAUUUUGCUGUGGUACAGAGAUGGCUCGAAUACAGGAAAAAUGCCAAUGCAGUUGGUCUACCAACGAAGAAAAUAAUGGAUCUCCUAGACUUCCGUAUGAAGCUGGCUGAUGUUCUGGUGUUAAGUGGGAUGGAUACGUCAAAUAGAAAAUGGGGCCGACCCUCUGCCACACCUCCAGAUACACCUGUUCAAAGAUGA